AUGGCACUUACUCAGGUUGCCGACCUUACUGACAAAGAGCUGCCCAAGCCCUCAGAUAUAAUCCUUUUCAGGGCUCGUGCCCUGGUCACUGUUGUCUCCUCCAAAGGCAAGGAAAUCGCUGGACCCGAUGUCCUACAUGCUGAGACGCGGCGUCUUGUUAAUUUAGAUCGAUUGGGAACCCGAAGAUGUGCAGCGGACGCACUCGCCAAGUUGCAAAGCCUUGGUCUGAUACAAAACGCCAAAUUAACCAGCCAGAUUGCAGCUACCAAGGAAUGUAGCGGAAGUUAG